AUGUGGCACAGCCCUUCCUGGGAAUACACUGCUUUAAAUGAUCUGCCCUCUCUUCUCCAGGGGAAACUGACUGCGCAGGGGAAGCUGCUGCAGCAGAACACCUUCUGGGUGACGGAGCAGGCAGGCGGGAUCCUGGCCCGGGGCCGUGAGCGGCGCAUCUUUCUCUUUGAGCAGAUUGUCAUCCUGAGUGAGACCCUGGAGCGGCGGCGUGGUCCGUAUGCCGCUCCAACUUAUGCCUUCAAGAGCAGCAUCAAGGUCAGCUGUUUGGGCCUGGAGCCCUGUGUGGAUAAUGAUCCCUGCAAAUUUGCACUGAUCUCGCGUGGCGCAGAACGGGGCACCAUCCGUUACGUACUGCAGGCAGCAACGUCAGAGAUUGCCCAGGCCUGGGUGGCUGACAUCAGCCUCAUCUUGGAGACACAACGUGACUUCCUCAAUGCACUGCAGUCGCCCAUAGAGUACCAGCGCCGAGAGAGCAAAACCCAUAGCCUAGGACGCAUUGGAGUCCCGCAUCACUCACUGCCCGGUGGACCCAGCCGGCCCUGCUCCUCAGUCUCCAUGGACCAGAGCAAGGGAUCCAGCCUCCAGCCCCACAAUGCCUCUCUCCCCUCCCUCUACCUUCCGGGCCCAGGCCAGCCUGAGCAACAGGCCUAUGUUGAGCCAUCUCGCAGCCAAAGCUCUCCAGGGCCUGGACCAGUUCACCUACCUUCCGAUGGCUCCGAGGUGCAUCUCUCCAAUUCCUCCCGGCAGGAGUCCCUGCACACAGCCCCAAGUGAUGACGACGCCAGGCCGCUGCUCCCUGAUCCUGAAGUCCCGGAAAUCAGUUUCCCUCAAGGCUGUGCUCAACUUGCCCAACUUGAUGAGGAUGAGCUGUGACUCUUGGACUGUGAGAAAGCCCCUGUCAGACCAGUGGGGUGGGGGCUUUGACUGAUCUAACUAGCUCUUCCCUCUUCUCCCCAUACCCUCCCUCCUUCUGCUGUCUCCAAGGGAAAGAGAGACACAGCAGCAGCAUGGUGCAAACUCUUGCUGCCCUCUGGUCCUGCUCUGUUUGCCCAGACACCCCCAUCCUAUGAAAGGGGCGCAGAACCCCCACAUUGGGACCAGAGAGUGCCGCUGGUGGCCCUUCCCUUUCCUCCAGACCCCUGUAUAUGCAUGCUGUGGGGCUAUACGGGCUUCAGGUCGGGGCUCUUGGACAAGGGAGUUGGAUUGUGUGAAUUGAGAAUUUUAUUUUGUUUGUUGUAAUAAUAAAGAUUUUAGUUAAAACAAACAAGGAGACAAAUUGCUCCAGGACACCUCUGUCUUCAUGCAGGCUCUUCCAUGAGUAACUUGUGCACUAUGUGCUGGAUCCCCUUCUCUUGGCCUUGCACUUUAUUUAGGGCAAACCUUAAUACCUUGUUGGCCCGUUUCACAACAUCUUCCUUUACACUGCUUCCCCUCCAAGCACUGAAGAUAUACACACACAGAGAGAGAGAGUGUAUACACAUGCAUAUACAUACACAUAUUUGUAAUUAGAAAUGAAAAAUGGCCCUUAGCCUCUGACACACGGAGAAGGGAACCACCUUUAUUAGCAGUUUUAGAAUCUUGCCCAAGAGUGUUUUCCCUCACUCUAUUUUUUGAAAGAAUGGGCUAGCCUAAUAAAGUUAGGCCCAGUUCAAAGUUUACUUUUGAACUCACAAUAAGUGACAAGAUACAUAUGUGAUACUGCCAAGUUGUGAACGUUGCAGGUACAUUUUAAAUGGCUGGUUGGUUGGUUGGUUGAACACAGAAGCAGACACCCUUUCCCAAUCGCUGCUUCAUGUUUACUGUGUAAUAGUCCAGCUACUUUAAGCUUGUGUUCACAGUUGAUGACUUAAAUUUUGCCAUUUGUACAUUUUUGUCCAACUUCUGAAAAUACGAAUCUGUAUUGUGUGGUACAUGUGUUUGGCUGCGUGCCAAACACAUAUAUAUUAUGUAUAUAUAUUAUUUUAUAUUAAACCUAUCCCAGAUAAUUCACAAA